AUGCAAGCAUCAACUAAUAAGCGAAAAGGGGAGAAUGUUAUAACACAGAAUGCACGGCCUACUGAAACCAAAUUGUUGAGACAGGCCCAUACACGCAAAAACAAAAAACUUAGAGAGACCUAUGUUAGCAUUGAGGGAUCAUCACCUAAUACCACUAAUAAGCGAUUGUGGGUUGCUUUUGGCCAGUGGCUAGGUUUAAAGGGGCAAGAUGGUCCAUUAAAAAGAAAGCACAUACGACAGCACCUCAGUGAUAGGGACUUUCAAGAUCUUUUUGACAUAGCUACUGCUUUUAAUACUCGAAGAGAAAAGGCAUCGGAACCAGAGUGCAUUACGGAUCUAAGUGGCCGAACAUUGGUUCACUUAGAGCAACUUGAUGACUACAAUACCAUUAUACUUGCAACCAAUACUGUAAAUAAUUAUUAUUUUCAUACGUUGGAGCAUCUAUCACAUCGAAGCAACGAAUUUUGGACCAAUUUUAUCGAACAUUUCAGGGCUUAUACCAGAAACAACUUGCUCCCUUUUACAAGCUCCAAUACUGCAAGUACGCAUAAUAUUGAUCACCAUGAAUACAUUAACAAAUUACUUCAAGAUCUCAAGGCAUUAUCAGACUGUCAACCGCCCUUUGGAGUUUUCCCAAUGAUAGCUAUUAAUUUUAAUACCACUAGUGACUAUUAUUGGGAUGAGCAUGACGAGGCAAAUAGUUUAUGUGUUUUAGUUGCACUAGGAGAUUAUGAAGAAGGAGAGUUAUGUUUUCCUCAGCUCCAAAUGGUCAUACAUCUUAGGCCAGAACAAAUCAUAGUAUUUGCCUCACGUUUAUUACUUUAUGCUUAUAUUAAGGCUGGAAUUAAGAAAGGUGCUAAUAGACCAAUGGUUUCUGAGCAAGAUCUUAACAAUGCUCAAGGUUUAAACCACCAGACCCAUCUCCCCAAACCGAAAGCAAAACAAAUACAGGUCUCUUCCGCUGUAUCUGAUCGGAGACGAGAAUAUAUAGAUUUAGUACGUGCUCGACAAGGGUUAAAGACGGAAGAUCCGCUUCCAGAUUUAUA